AUGUCCGUUUCGGCUCCCACUCCCAAGCUGGACCGCUACAUUGUCAUCCACGUCGCGACCACCUGCGACGAACAUGGUGUCUACGUCACAAAGGACUCUGCAGAGGUGAUUGAAUUGGGGUGGAUUUUGUUGGAUACCAAGACCUGCGAGGAGUUGCAUCGCGAAUCCGUCCUCGUCAAGCCCGUCAACACGCCCAUUACUCCCCUCUGCAGUACUUUCCGCGAUGCCAUCAACCGUUUCGACGCUUUUGCCCAGGAACACCUCAUUAGCAAGAAUCUCGAGUUUGCCUUCGUGACCCUCGACUCUUGGGAUCUCCGUGUCCAGUUGCCCCGCGAGGCCCGCGAUAAGGCCGUCGUCCUGCCUCCGUACCUUCAGCACUCGCGCACUUUUGAUCUCCGUACCGAGUACCAGAGAUGGCAGACCCAUCACCCCGAGUCGUUGCCUUUUGGCCCCAGCUCGCUUGCCAACAUCUGCGCUGCUCUCGAGGUGGAGCCCGUCCAGUCCUCCGCCCCCAUCAAACAUAACCUACCUUUCCACCUGCAGGCUCUGGCCCCCGCUUCCCCCCGCCGCGCUAUGGAGGAGUCCAUCACCCUCGCCCGUGUCCUCCGCGGUCUGAUCCGCAAGUCUCAACCCCCCCAUGAGCACCCCGAGAUCCUUACCCGUCCCAUGGAUGCCCGGGCCGAUGUCCGUGCCUUCCUGGCGGAGCGCAGCAAGGUCUUACACCUCAGCGGUCUGCCCCACGAUACUACUCAGUCAGAAUUGGAGAGCUGGUUCACUCAGUUUGGUGGUCGUCCUAUCGCUUUCUGGACUCUGCGGACGCCUGAUCAGCACAAGCCCACCGGUACCGGAUUUGCCGUGUUUUCGUCCCAUGAGGAGGCCGCUGAAAGCCUCUGCAUGAAUGGUCGUGCUCUCAACGAAAAGGCCAUCGAGGUCUCCCCCUCCUCAAGCCGUGUUCUGGACCGUGCCGCCGAAAUCCUGACUCCCUUCCCUCCGUCAAAGAACCGUCCUCGUCCCGGUGACUGGACUUGCCCGUCUUGCGGUUUCUCCAACUUCCAGCGUCGUACCGCCUGUUUCCGCUGCUCGUUCCCUGCUAUGGCUGCUGCUCCCGACCCGGUUGGAUACGGUGCCUACGGCUAUGGCCCUCCGUCCAUGAUGCCUCCUCACAUGCACGGUGGUGGCCACGGAAUGGGUCACGGCGGCCGUAUGGGCGGCAACGGUGGUGUCGUUCCCUUCCGUGCUGGUGACUGGAAGUGUGGCUCUGAGGGCUGUGGCUAUCAUAACUUCGCCAAGAACAUCAACUGUCUGCGCUGCGGUGCCCCUCGUUCCGGUGCUGCCGUGGUCGCCGACUCGGCCUUCCCGUCUCCAAUGGAUCCUCCUUCUGGCUUCGGUAUGGGUCCUAACGCGAUGGCCAGCACUCCCGCUCCUGCUCCGUUCGCUUCUGCGGCCGGUGCGUUUGGUGGCUUCGGCCAGCAGUUCGGUGCUCCUCCCAGCAACUACGCCUUGCCGUCCGGUCUGGGCAGCGGCCCUGGCGCCGCCUACCCUCCCAUGGGCCAGGUGAGCACUGGUUACGGCUCUGCCAACUCUCACUCCACCGCUUCGUUCGCCAACCCCGCCGCUCAGGCUGCUUUCACUAGCGCUGAUCACAGUGCCCCCACCAGCGCCUCCAACGGUGCUUUUUACGGCAAUGAUGGCAGUGACCCAUUCGCCUUCCUCUCCACUGGUCUCGGUGGUUUGACCGUUGCGGACGAUGCCCACGCUCGCCGGAAUGGUGCGGGUGCUAACAAGUCUCCUGCUUAA